GAUAAUACGGCGGGGCCGCCCGGGCUGCAGUCCCGCCCCGGAGCCGGCAGGGAGCAGAGCUGCGGAGCUGCAGAGUCUCCCCUGUCCGUGGGUCCAUUCUCGCGUCCUUCUGUCCAUCGGCGCUCUGCAGGAGCAGCCACGAGGUAGAAGCCGGGUGGCAUGGCUGCGAGCACGGAUGUGGCUGGGCUGGAGGAGAGUUUCCGCAAGUUUGCCAUCCACGGUGACCCCAAGGCCAGUGGGCAAGAGAUGAAUGGCAAGAACUGGGCCAAGCUGUGCAAGGACUGCAAGGUGGCUGAUGGAAAGGCUGUGACAGGGACCGACGUUGACAUCGUUUUCUCCAAAGUCAAGGGGAAGUCUGCUCGAGUCAUCAACUAUGAAGAGUUCAAGAAGGCCCUAGAAGAACUGGCAGCCAAGCGAUUCAAGGGAAAGAGCAAGGAGGAGGCCUUUGAUGCCAUCUGCCAGCUGGUGGCAGGCAAAGAACCAGCCAAUGUGGGUGUCACUAAAGCAAAAACAGGGGGAGCUGUGGAACGGCUGACUGACACCAGCAAGUACACAGGCUCUCACAAGGAACGCUUUGAUGAGAGUGGCAAGGGGAAGGGCAUUGCCGGGCGGCAGGACAUCCUGGAUGACAGUGGCUAUGUGAGUGCCUAUAAGAAUGCAGGUACCUAUGAUGCCAAAGUGAAGAAGUGAGGCCCGGAAGGCCCUCCAACACAGCUGCCCCUGCCAGAGGCUCAGGCCUGGGCCCAAGAGGCACGUGGAACAGAGAGCCCAGUUCCCUCCCUGCUGGACCUGCCACCCAGCGCUUCCUGCCCAGCCCCAUGGGGCCAGCCCACCAGGCUUCUGACCCAGACUGCUCUGCAUCUCCUUUCCCACCUCUCCCCUCCCUUCCACUUCUGUCCAUUGGGGGAGAGUCUAUGUCUAUAACCUCACCUCCCUGACCUAACCCUGGGUAUGGCUGACCCCCGCCUGCUUGCCUCAUAUUUAAGCUGCUGCUCUGGCCAAGUGCCUAGUUCUUACCCAGACCUCAAUAAAGACACCUUUUGUACCAACA